AUGUCUCCUCAUAUACCCAAUCCUUGUCAUCUUAGCGACCUUGGCCUGCGUCGUAAGUUCCGCCUGGCUCUGGAGGACCUUCGUGUGCACGGCUCUCCAGGACUGCCUCACUCUCCCGGACCUGGUAGACUCAGCGUCGACUGGAUCUGUCAUGUUUGGCUCACGCGCCACCUCGGUCUAGCCCAUUUGGCGCCCAUGUUUGCCAUGCGACGGGUUGAUGGACGUCUCCUCUCCAGCCUCAUAGCAGCACCCUCCGAGGUGGCCUGCAACGGUCCGUUGACGACGCAGUCGGCCCGGACGGCGGCCGAGAUGACGACUGAUGACGCCAUCCUCGCCACUGCCUAUGACUCCACAGCCUCUCGGCCAACCACUCAACAAGUUGGACGGACCAAACGGCAUUUGCAACUUGACGCCAUUACUGACAGGGCCGCAGCCUCUCAGUCGACCCAACCGACUGGAGAUGCUGAAACUACCGGCGUCAAUGGUUGUAUUAAUGCCAUCUCACAGGAUAUCGCUCAUUCUUCAGCCUCUGAAAGACUGCAUCAG